GGCAGCGGCUGUGCUUUCGGGAUGGACCUCCGGGCCAGGGGCGGGGGGAGUCUGACAGUUGGUUCCUCCCGGAGGGGCGGGCGGGCGGCGCGAGUGGGCGCGGGCCCCGAGGGCCAGAGAACCGGCGCUGGAGAUGGGCUUUUAAUGGUGGAGAGAGGAAACUGAGUCCAGCAGGGAAUUCUGCAGCUGUCGGAGGAUACCAGUACUUAAAGGCUUCUGGCUCCAGGGAGCUGCGUGGGGGCCAGGGCGACAAUGGUCUCAGUGACAAUGGCCACUUCUGAGUGGAUCCAGUUCUUUAAGGAAGCCGGCAUUCCUCCGGGACCUGCUGUCAAUUACGCCGUGAUGUUUGUGGAUAAUAGGAUCCAGAAGAGCAUGCUGCUGGAUCUUAACAAGGAAAUCAUGAAUGAGCUGGGCGUGACUGUGGUGGGCGACAUCAUUGCCAUCCUGAAGCAUGCCAAGGUGGUACACCGCCAGGACAUGUGCAAAGCUGCUACUGAGUCGGUGCCCUGCAGCCCUAGCCCCCUCCCAGGCGAGAUUCGCCGAGGCACCCCUAGUGCCGCCUCCCGAAUGAUCGCCAACAGCUUGAACCGAGACUCCCCACCUGGAACUCCCCCGAGGCGGCCAGACACCAGUACCUCUAAGAUCUCUGUCACCGUGUCCAAUAAGAUGGCAGCAAAGAGUGCCAAGGCCGCUGCUGCCCUGGCCCGCCGGGAAGAGGAGAGCCUGACUGUUCCCAGCAAGCGCCGCAGGGUCACUGCUGAGAUGGAGGGGAAAUACAUCAUCAACAUGCCCAAGGGCACCACCCCCCGGACCCGCAAGAUCCUUGAGCAACAGCAGGCGGCGAAAGGUCUCCACAGGACGUCUGUGUUCGACCGCCUCGGUGCCGAGACCAAGGCAGACACCACGACGGGCAAUAAACCCACGGGAGUCUUCAGCCGACUGGGGGCUACCCCAGAGAUGGAUGAGGAUCUGGCCUGGGACAGCGACACCGACAGCAGCAGCUCUGUCCUACAGUACGCCGGGGUCCUGAAGAAGCUAGGCCCGGGCCCAACCAAGGCCAGUCCCCAGCCGGUGCUGACUGUCAAAGCCAAGGCCACAAGCUCAGCGAUGACGGCCAGCACCCCUACAUUGCGGCGCCUGGCCCUUCCCUCCCGCCCAGGGUCCCUGUCCAAAGUCAGCAUCAUCCAGAGACUGGGCAAGGCUGCCCCUGUGCCCGAGGCCCAGGACAGCCAGGUCACGAGCACCAAGAGUAAGUCAUCAGCCGAGGUCAAGGUCACCAUUAAGAGGACUCUGGGGCCCCGGGGGAGCAGCUCCAGCGAGGGCCUGGGUGCCCAGAUGGACCAUGCAGGCACUGUGAGCGUGUUCAAAAGACUGGGCCGCAGGACCUUCUAGCCCACAGGUGGGGCCCAGGCCCCUCUCCAGGCUCUUGACUCCAUCAGUCUCCAGCCAGGCCCAGCCUUGGAUGGCACUGCGGUCUCCCUCAGGCAUCCAGCCCGGCCCAAGCUGUGUGGGGAUGCAUCCCGUUUACUGAGUCCGAGAUGGUCGUUGUGGCCUGGCUGGCCACUCUGGGACUUUCCCUUCUCUCGUGUCCUCUGUUCCGUCCUUUCCGACUGUGGCCUUGGCAGGGCCCUCCUUUCUACCUCUCCCGAGUGCCAAGUGCCCUUUAUCCCUCCUAUAUGCCCGCCCUCCCUCUCAGCAGCCUCCACUGCCUCAAACCCCAGCUUCUCGGCCUCUUGGUCCCCAGGAGCAGGUGUUGCCCGGGGGUCUCCCUUAUUCCCCCACCCUGCCACUUCCUGACUUCCCUCCCAUCACUCUUCCGGCCCCCACCCCCCAACUUUAACUUCUUUUUUUCUCCCUAUUCUUCAUUCUAUUCAUUUAUCUUCUGUUUUCUGUCCAUGUGGUAAGGCCCGACUGUCCGCUGCAUCCUGCCUGACCCUCCUGCACCUCCGGCCUCCCAGCGGCCCCCUCGUCGACAGUGGCGUCGAGCCUGUUGAGACUGUUAGCAGCCUCACUCCCAGGCUGGAGGGACCUCCCCAGACCCUGGGCUGCAGCAGGGGCACCUCCGUCUUCCUGCCCUGGGCGUCUUUUCUCUGAAAGGCAGUGGCGGGUGGUGGGCAAGGGGCACUGGGAAGGGAGGCCGGUGCCGAGAGAAGAAAAUAGCUGUUUUAAUAUAUUUUUGACUUUCAAA